CCUUACUCAGACGAAGCAGCGUUUUUAUUUUUAUCGGAAAAUUAAUGUUCCUGUUGUGCAACAACCAUGACUACAGUACUCAGUGGUCAUGUAACGAGACCAAUAUCAGAAUCUAAAUGAUGUCAGGCGCUGAAGAAAUUAAGGUAGAUAAAGACACUGCAAAUCCAUCAAAGGCCUGGGAGAGAAUCAGAAUCCAGCAGCAGCACACCAGAUGUCCCCACCCAGACCCCAUCAUCCCUGUCACACCUGACAAGAUUCGAUUUGUCUGUAUAUCUGACACCCAUGGGAAGAUUGAGAGGUCAGGCUUAUGUAUGCCUCCCGGAGAUGUGCUUCUUCAUGCUGGGGACUUUACAAUGAGAGGACAGCUAACAGAAAUUGAGAAAUUUAACUCAUACUUAGGUUUUCUGCCAUACAAGGUAAAGGUUCUCAUUGCUGGAAACCAUGAUUUAACCUUGGAUGAGGAACUCAGUGAUUCAACUUUGCGAUCUUUUGGACUUCAGCAUUCUGAGAUUGAGUCAUACCUUAAAUCCAGGGGACUUAAAUCUGUCAAGGAAAUGUUAACAAAUGCAGUGUAUCUCCUAGAUUCCUCAGUCAGUAUAUGUGGGAUCAAGCUUUAUGGUUCACCUUGGUCACCAAAGCACUUCAAGAGAAUGGCUUUUCAGUGGCGUAGGGGACAAGAAUUAAAGAAAUGUUGGGACAAAAUUCCAGAAGAUACUGAUAUUUUAGUGUCUCAUACCCCUCCUUGUGGACAUGGGGAUCUGACUGGUGGAAACAAUAAUGUAGGCUGUGUAGAACUCCUUAACACAGUACAGAAAAGAGUCAAACCAAAGUACCAUGUGUUUGGACACAUUCAUGAAAGUUAUGGGGUGACCUCAGAUGGGUUCACGACCUUUAUCAAUGCUUCGACCUGUACUAGAAGAUACAAACCCACCAACUCACCUAUUAUGUUUGACUUUGACAUUCCAGAGGGGCAUAGUAAAGAAGAACUUCUACACAUGGAGAAAAAUUCCUGAUACUGAUUGAUUUCUUACAUAGUUUUUUUUAUUUUUUGUCCACAACUACAUCUUUAUUGAACACAUGCAUAUACCGGUAUAUACAUGUGCAAUUUAGUCAGGGAUUGAAAAUCAUUUUUUCCAGGAACUCAAAUUGAUGAAAAAUGUUAACAUAAACAUUUUUUUUCUGCUAUGAUCAUUAACAAGAAAAGUAUUGCAUGGAAGUUCUUCAAAUUUUCAAAAAUUAAUUUUUUUAAUAUGUUUUUUAAAUAUUUUUUGUACUUCUAAAUUUUAUAUUUACUCAGUAAGUCCACCAUAAUGUUAUGAGAUAUAUAUAUUCAUUUUUAUCCAUAUAUUUAGAAAAUGUUAGUAAAAUACUCAGUCAAGAAAGCUGUCCAUCUAAAGGAGGAAAUAUAAAUGUUGCACAACAUACAUUUGUACUUAUAUACAUAUAAUUGUUUCUUUCAAAAUCAGUUCUACAUUAUUGGUAUUUCUUUUACUUCCUCUUUUAAAUUUUUAACUGUACUGUGUUCGCUAUAAGUGUGUUUUACUGUAUUGAUUUUACUUUAUUUCAUUAGAUUGAUAUUGGCUGGAUUUUAUGUAUACUUUUUUAUGAAACAAUGACUCCACAUCUAAUCAUACCCUAAAAUAACAUUAAGUCAUGCUGUUCUGCAUUAUACAUGUAAUUGAAAUGCUGACAGGGAACCACUAUAGGCAAUCUGCAGGGGGAUUUUCAGUACUUUGGUAAAAUAAUUUCAGUAGAGAAACCAAUCCGUUUAAAAAUCAACUUUGUAGUAAAUCCAGGGGUAGAAAUUGUUUAAACAGUUGGUGAAUCUUCAGGGAGGGGGUUACUUGAAAUCUCUACAAAGGGAAAUUUUCAAGGCAGUGGUUUUCUGUGACUAGUGAAAAGACUUUUCUUAAAUGAUAUCUGUGAUAUUAAAUGAAUACAAUAUUUAUGUAUAAUAAUCUCUGUCCAUGAUUGAUUAAUUAAUAUUAAUAUUAUACAAAGUUUAUUAAAAGCUUUAAUCUCAA